AUGGCCAAAGUUCAUCCUCAAAAACAAGAACCUACAACAUCAUCUAAGUCUCAUGAUGAUAAGUGUCUUAGUAAAGGAGAAAGAUAUACAGUAUGGAUGAAAUCACUUGUUCUUCACUCUAAUGGCUGCACUGUCUAUGAUUCAAAAGGUAACAUAGUUUACAGAGUUGAUAACUAUGAUAGAAAAGGUGGAAGAGAAGUGAAUCUGAUGAAUCUAAAAGGAAAUGUUGUCUGCACCAUCAGAAAAAGAUUACUAGCUUUUGGAUGUUGGGAAGGCCACAAAUAUUGCAGCAGCAAUUCUAAUAGUAGAAGCCUGGAGGAGCAAGCAUGGUUUCAAGUUAAAAGAUGUCUGAGAGGGAAAGUAGAUUGCGAGAUAAAAGUGGGAUCUCAAAAUGUGUCCAUAGAAAGAGUGAGUAAAGGUAAAUCAUUUGGUUUUCGGAUAAUAAGCAAAGAUGGAGAAAUCAUAGGAGAGGCAAAGCAAAAAGAGUCUUCAUCAGGAAUUGUUUUAAGCAAUGAUGUUCUAACGUUGGAUUUGGCAGCUGGAACGGAUCAUUCCCUUACAAUGGCUUUGAUUACAGUCUAUGGAUUGAUGUGUGGCUUAAUGUAA